GACUCUUCACCCAAAAAAUCAACAAACUUUGCCAAUCUUCCUGAGUCCUCAUCGUUCUCGGUCUUCUUCGUUCAAAAUUGAGAAUUUCCUUCUCUUUUGAUCUGUUGCUGGUGAUCUGAUCUGGUAUUUGUUAUUCACAUCCAUUUCUUUCUUUUCGACAUCGUCCAUGAAUUGCCGUUCCACAUUUUACUAAGUAGGUAAUAUCAGAAUUUUCUUCCAGUGAUCACUCUCGAAUCAGAUCUCACAGACUGCUCCUCUCUUUAAUUUUCUCGCAGAUUUGUUUAUAAGUAAAACAGAGGGCAGAGUGAUGGAGUGGGCAACGUUGCAGCAUCUGGAUCUGCGGCAUGUAGGACGUGCCGUCGAAAAACCCUUGCAGCCUCACGCCGCCGCCUUUCACCCGCAUCAAGCACUUAUCGCCGUGGCCAUUGGAACCUAUGUUAUCGAAUUUGAUGCAUUCACGGGAAGCAGGCUUUCUUCUGUUGACAUUGGUGCACCUGUAGUCCGCAUGGCUUACAGUCCUGCAAGUGGGCAUGCAGUUAUUGCUAUUCUUGAGGAUUGUACAAUUCGAUCUUGUGAUUUCGAUGCUGAGCAAACUUGUGUACUGCACUCACCUGAAAAGAAGACAGAACACAUUUCUUUUGAUACAGAAGUCCAUCUUGCUUUGACACCUCUGCAGCCUGUUGUGUUUUUUGGUUUUCACCGAAGGAUGAGUGUAACUGUCAUUGGAACUGUUGAAGGUGGGAGGGCACCAACAAAAAUAAAAACGGACCUGAAGAAACCUAUUGUGAAUCUUGCUUGCCAUCCUCGACUUCCUGUUCUGUAUGUAGCUUAUGCAGAUGGUUUAAUUCGAGCUUAUAACAUUAAUACAUAUGCUGUUCAUUACACUCUGCAACUUGAUAAUACUAUUAAGCUUGUUGGUGCUGGUGUCUUUGCAUUUCAUCCGACAUUGGAAUGGAUUUUUGUUGGUGAUAGAAGAGGUACACUUCUGGCAUGGGAUGUGUCAAUUGAGAGACCCAGUUUGAUAGGAAUAACACAAGUGGGCUCUCAACCUAUCACAUCAAUUGCUUGGCUUCCAAUGUUACGGCUGCUUGUAACUCUUUCUAAGGAUGGAACUCUUCAAGUAUGGAAAACACAAGUGAUACUUAAUCCUAAUAGGCCACCAAUGCAAGCAAAUUUUUUUGAGGCUGCAUCAAUUGAAUCAAUUGACAUCCCUCGGAUUCUAUCCCAGCAGGGUGGAGAAACAGUCUAUCCCUUGCCACGAAUUAGAACCUUAGAAGUUCACCCGAAAUUGAAUUUAGCAGCUUUGCUGUUUGCAGGUACGACAGGUGGCGACAACUUUAAAAAUAGGGCUGCAUAUACUAGGGAAGGAAGAAAACAGCUGUUUGCUGUUCUUCAAAGUGCUAGGGGAUCUUCAGCAUCUAUUCUGAAAGAAAAGCUUUCAUCCAUGGGUUCAACUGGUAUUCUGGCUGAUCAUCAACUUCAGGAGCAACUACAAGAGCAGCAGCUGAAGGGGCAAAGUCACCUUACAAUUUCAGACAUUGCUCGGAAGGCGUUCCUGUACAGUCAUUUCAUGGAAGGCCAUGCAAAAAAUGCUCCAAUAUCUCGACUGCCUUUGAUAACCAUUUUGGACACUAAGCAUCAUCUUAAAGAUCUUCCUGUUUGCCAGCCAUUUCAUUUGGAGCUGAAUUUCUUCAAUAAAGAGAACCGGGUACUUCAUUACCCUGUCAGGGCCUUUUAUCUGGAUGGCAUAAACCUCAUGGCAUACAAUCUCUGCUCUGGAGCGGAUUCUAUAUACAAGAAGCUUUAUACUUCGAUUCCUGCGAAUGUGGAAUAUCAUCAAAAACACUUGGUUUACAGUAAAAAACAGCACAUGUUUCUCGUUGUUUAUGAAUUUAGUGGUUCUACAAAUGAAGUUGUCCUUUAUUGGGAGAACACCGAUUCUCAGUUGGCUAACAGUAAAGGAAGCACACUCAAAGGUCGAGAUGCAGCACUUAUAGGUCCCAACGAAAGUCAAUUUGCCAUAUUGGAUGAUGAAAAGACUGGACUGGGUUUGUACACUCUGCCAGGGCUUGCUUCGAAAGAAUCUGAUGAAAAAAUGGAAGUGGAACAGAACCAAUCUGCAGAUACAGCUGUUGGUUCUGUUCGGGGACCUAUGCAGUUUAUGUUCGAAAGUGAAGUUGACCGUAUCUUUUCUACUCCACUAGAGUCAACCCUGAUGUUUGCUUGCAAUGGAAAACUUAUUGGCUUGGCAAAGUUGGUUCAAGGAUAUCGCCUUUCUACUUCAGAUGGUCAUUAUAUAUCAACAAAAACUGAAGGCAAAAAGUCAAUCAAGUUGAAAUUGAAUGAGAUUGUUCUUCAGGUUCAUUGGCAAGAAACUGUUAAAGGCUAUGUUGCCGGAGUUUUAACUACUCAUAGAGUGCUUCUGGUUUCAGCAGAUCUUGAUAUACUGGCAAGCAGUUCCAUAAAAUUUGAUAAAGGGCUUCCUUUGUUUAGAUCCCUUUUAUGGGUUGGGCCAGCACUUCUCUUUUCUACUGCGACUGCAAUCAAUGUUCUUGGAUGGGAUGGAAUUGUAAGGACUAUUCUCUCUAUUAGCAUGCCGUAUGCAGUUCUUGUAGGUGCUUUGAAUGAUCGUUUGCUGCUCGCUAACCCAACUGAAAUAAAUCCAAGACAGAAAAAAGGGAUUGAAAUCAAGAGCUGUCUUGUUGGGCUUCUUGAACCUCUUCUUAUUGGAUUUGCCACAAUGCAACAAUAUUUUGAGCAUAAGCUUGACCUGUCAGAAAUAUUGUACCAGAUAACAUCGAGGUUUGAUAGCUUGCGCAUUACUCCAAGAUCACUCGACAUUCUUGCUAGUGGUCCACCUGUUUGUGGUGAUCUUGCUGUGUCGUUAUCCCAAUCAGGUCCACAGUUCACUAAGGUGUUGCGUGGUGUCUAUGCUAUCAAAGCUCUCCGUUUCUCCACUGCCUUGUCUGUAUUGAAGGAUGAAUUCUUGCAUUCUAGAGAUUAUCCAAAAUGCCCACCAACCUCACAUUUGUUCCACCGGUUUCGACAGUUGGGAUAUGCCUGUAUCAAGUAUGGUCAAUUUGAUAGUGCAAAAGAAACAUUUGAAGUUAUAGCAGACUAUGAAAGCAUGCUUGAUCUGUAUAUAUGCCACCUUAAUCCUAGUGCUAUGCGGCGACUUGCUCAGAAGCUAGAAGAAGAAAGUGCUGACUCAGAAUUGAGGCGAUGUUGUGAAAGGAUUUUAAGAGUUCGCUCUACUGGAUGGACACAAGGCAUUUUUGCCAACUUUGCUGCUGAGAGUAUGGUUCCGAAAGGUCCUGAAUGGGGUGGUGGGAAUUGGGAAAUAAAGACACCUACUAAUUUGAAGUCUAUUCCUCAGUGGGAGCUGGCUGCGGAGGUAAUGCCAUAUAUGAAGACUGAUGAUGGUGCCAUCGCUGCUAUCAUUACAGAUCAUAUUGGUGUUUACCUGGGGGUAAUGAAAGGAAGAGGCAAUAUUGUUGAAGUGAGAGAAGACAGCUUGGUCAAAGCUUUCAUCCCUAAAGGGGCUGACAAUAAGGCAAAUGGAGUUCCAUCUUCUUUGGUUAAGUCUGUGCCUAGUACAUCCAAAGGUGUGCCCAAUGGUAGUUCCAAGGGUGAUUCUUUGAUGGGUCUGGAAACUCUAACCAAACAGUAUGCAGGUUCAUCUGCAGCUGAUGAACAGGCUAAAGCUGAAGAAGAAUUCAAGAAAACAAUGUAUGGUGCUGCUGCUGAUGGUAGCAGCAGUGAUGAAGAGGAAGUAUCAAAAACUAAAAAAUUACAAAUUAGAAUACGAGACAAGCCAAUUGCAUCAACCACAGUGGAUGUCAAUAAGAUCAAAGAAGCUACGAAACAGUUUAAGCUUGGAGAGGGUUUGGGGCCACCAAUGAGCAGGACCAAGUCCUUAACAGGAUCCCAGGACCUUGGCAUGCUAAUACCCCAACCUUCUGCUACCGCAGGAGCUGUGAGUACUACCUCAGUUUCUGCCCCGACAGAUCUGUUUGGAUUUGACUCAUUGACUCAACCUGCACCAGGAUCAUUGCCAGUGCCAGUGUCACAACCAGGUUCUGCUGUAACGGGUGUGGGAGGUACUUCCGGACCAAUCGCAGAGGACUUUUUUCAGAACACAAUACCGUCCCUCCAGAUGGCUGCCGCGUUGCCGCCUCCUGGAACUUAUCUUGCAAAAAUGGAUCCAUCUGCCAGAGGAUUUGAUGGUGAAAAAGUGGGGCCUACCUAUGGGAAUGUACCUCCAAUGGAUAUCACUCGUCCUGUUGGUGGUAUACCUCCUCAGGCAACUGAACAACCUGGUGUUCCACUUGAGUCAAUUGGACUUCCCGAUGGUGGUAUUCCGCCACAAUCCUCUAGUCAAGCAGCUGUUCUGCCCCCGUCUCAGGUCCAGGUAUCUCAGGUUCCACCUUCUACCCAGCCUCUUGACCUCAGUGUCCUUGGGGUCGCUAUUUCAGGACAACCUCAUCCUAUUUCUCCACCAGCUUCUGUGCGUCCUGGGCAGGUUCCCCGAGGGGCUACUGCUUCAGUAUGUUUCAAGACCGGGGUUGCUCACCUUGAGCAGAACCAACUUCCCGAUGCAUUAUCCUGUUUUGAUGAAGCCUUUCUUGCACUGGCUAAGGACCAGUCUCGUGGUGCCGAUAUCAAAGCUCAAGCAACCAUAUGUGCUCAAUACAAGAUAGCAGUUACUCUUCUCCAGGAAAUUCUUCGGCUGCAGAGAGUCCAAGGCGCCAAUGCUAUCAGUGCAAAAGAUGAGAUGGCAAGACUCUCACGACAUUUGAGUUCUUUGCCUCUUCAGGCAAGGCAUCGAAUAAACUGCAUUAGGACUGCCAUUAAGAGAAACAUGGAGGUGCAGAAUUAUGCUUAUGCCAAGCAGAUGCUCGAGCUUCUUUUGUCCAAGGCACCUACAAGUAAACAGGAUGAAUUGAGAAGCCUGAUCGACAUGUGCGCUCAGAGGGGCUUGUCCAACAAGUCCAUUGAUCCAUUAGAAGAUCCCUCCCAGUUUUGCGCAGCUACACUUAGCCGUCUCUCAACAAUUGGAUACGAUGUUUGCAACCUCUGUGGGGCAAAAUUUUCUGCCCUCUCAACUCCUGGAUGCAUCAUCUGUGGUAUGGGAAGCAUUAAAAGAUCAGAUGCACUUGCAGGGCCUGUUCCUUCACCAUUUGGCUGAGGUCUAAGCAUGGACUAAUUUGCUUGCAUAACUUACCUGUUUCCUAUUACCCCCGCAAUAUCGUGUAUUCCUUUAAAGAAUGUGCACCCCAUACAUGCUAGAUGCACGUUUAGUGCCUAUUAGGCAUAUAGUGUAAUUAUUAUUUCUUUUGUAUUUUUUCCAUUUGUUUUUCUUCCCAUGUCUUUCUGAUACUAUAGUUUGAUGUUAACAUUUACACCCUUCUUUGGCUGCAUGCAUGCAUGGUUGUAUAAUUUCAUAUCUUGUUCAUGUGCAUGGAAAUUUUGAAAGAGCAAGUUAAAGAGAGUAUAGAUUUCGUAUUUUCA